UUACUUGAGCUAUGUGUCUUUUCUCCCCUGCUGAGGCAGAGGUUGUAAAUUCCUGGCUGAAGUCAUUGUUAGUGUGGACAUGGUGCUUGGAUCGAAUCCCAUCUUUUUUUUUUUUUCCUCCCUCUCUUCCCGCACGCGAGCUUUUUAAGCGCUGCGCGAGACACAAACCGUUACAGCGCGCGCGGUCUGGACAUCCGUGAGAUCUACCGUGAGGGAAAACAACCGCCUCUUUUACACAGCCUUACAUUUUGCCCCACGCACCUAUCUCAGCUCCAUCAUGACAGAGCGCUUCAACUGCUUCUACUGCAGAGAUGACCUGCAUGGCAAGAAGUAUGUCCAGAAGGACGAGAAGCACGUGUGCACGCGCUGCUUCGACAAGCUAUGUGCCAACACCUGUGCAGAAUGCCGCCGACCUAUUGGAGUUGAUGCUAAGGAGCUGACUCAUAAGAACCGCCACUGGCAUGAGGACUGCUUCCGUUGUGCCAAGUGCUACAAGCCGCUGGCCAAUGAGUCUUUUGCAGCUAAAGACGAUGGCAAGAUCAUGUGCGGGAAAUGCGGUGCCCGUGAGGACUCGCCCCGCUGCCAGGGCUGCUACAAAGUCAUCAUGCCUGGGUCUCAAAAUGUUGAGUACAAGCAUAAAGUGUGGCACGAGGAGUGCUUUAUCUGCUUUGAGUGUAAGCAGCCAAUCCGUACUCAGAGUUUUCUGACCAAGGGGGACGAAUUCUACUGUGGCACUUGCCAUGAGAAGAAGUUCGCCAAGAACUGUGCCCGCUGCAAGGAGCCCAUCACCUCUGGUGGGAUCAACUAUCAGGACAAACCCUGGCACUCUGAAUGCUUUGCGUGCAAAACCUGCAAGAAGUCGCUGGCUAACGCUCGCUUCACUGCUCAUGAGGAGGAUUUCUACUGUGUGGAUUGCUACAAGACCUCCGUGGCCAAGAAGUGCUCUGGAUGUCAAAAUCCCAUCACUGGUUUUGGCAAAGGGACAAAUGUGGUGAAUUAUGAGAACCACACUUGGCAUGAGUACUGCUUUAAUUGUAAGAAGUGCUCUUUGUCCCUGGCCCACAAGCGCUUCGUCAUGCAUGAAGAGAACAUCUACUGCCCUGAUUGUGCCAAAAAGCUGUGAGACUGCAGAUGAUGUUCUUUCCAGAUUUCAUUUUAAGGAAAGGUUUCCACCCUGUACUGGUAGCGAAUGGAAUUCAUUAUUAGCAUUUUUGGUAUGUUCUUUGAAACAGUAAUUCAUUAAGCAAACAAACAUUUAAAAGAAGAAAAAAAAGUGUCCUAGUGAGGAGAUUGAAACAGGUGGCAUUUUCUAUAGAGUGGUGUGUAAUUAGUGCAAUAAAUACACAUUUAUAUUCAUUUAUCUGUAACUUCACAGCAAUACAUGAGCGUCUCUGGUGAGCAGCCAUAGUGAAAUAUUUUAGAUUAAAUGUAUGAAACCAUGCUAAGGCAGGCUUUACUGGAAGAUUUCUCAUCGAAGAUUUAAGGCAAACUGUUUCAUGCUGUUUUGUGGAAAUGUAUUUUGUCUGUUUAACAUAACACUUGAGUAUUACGUUUUUGGAAUUACGACGCGCGACACAUUCAACACGAAUCCUUUGGCAUGCAACAAUAUUAGUAUAUACUUUAUUCAUGGCAUUUUGGGUGAAGUAACAAUGAAUCUGAACAAUAAAUUUCAAGCUUCAACUAAA